AUGACACCUCUCGACAGCGAAAACUACCAAAUCUUCCGCGAAUGCGUGUCCAGCGCCAUCGUCGCAAAAUCCACCCCGUCCCGCCCGCCCAAGAAAGCGCGUCGCAGCCGACCGCAGCGCCAAAAAUCCAAACUCAAGCCCCAAGCACAGGAACAGACACAGACAGAGGACAAUGAAUUCCAAUCGCGCGCCGACCCCGAAGACCUAGCUGACUUCAUUGACUUCAUAGCCUCGGAAACAUUCCCCUCACUCCCACCAACCCUCCAAACCCUGACCUACGACCCAACCACCCCCUCCCCCUUCUCCGAAUCAGAAGACCAACACGCCCCACAAGCCCUCGCCACAACAACCAGCCACACCCUCCCCCCCUCCAUCCCCGACACCCUGACAACCUACGCCCUGAUCACCGACGCGGCCGACCUCCCCUCCUUCCUCUCGCCCAUCCUAGCCGAAUACAUCGCGUCCGUGACCAAGCCGCCGCCCGUGUGGGCGACGACGCGCGCCUCCGCCUGCGAGAUCUGCGAACGGGACUGGAUCCCGCUGUCGUAUCAUCAUCUUAUUCCGCGCGGGGUGCACGCCAAGGUGCUCAAGAAGGGGUGGCAUGAGGAGUGGAUGCUGAAUAGCGUGGCGUGGCUGUGUCGCGCCUGUCAUAGCUUUGUGCAUCGCAUGGCGAGUAAUGAGGAACUGGCCAGGGAGUGGUUUACCGUGGAUAGGAUUUGCGAGAGGGAGGAUGUGAGGGUUUGGGCGGGUUGGGUGGGGAGGGUUAGGUGGAAGGCGAGGUAG